AGACGGCCGGUUCGGAGGCGCUCCUUGCAAAGAGUCGGACUUGGUCUGCCUGCCUCUGGCUCCAUCCAUGCAACCGCCGCCAACGCCUGGAAGGAGCAGCCGCUGGGUCCUUUCCCCCUUCUUGCUCUCUGGAAGGUGCUGCCUUUGGACCUGAGCCUUGUCCAUCCCGCCACCUGCCUGUUCUUUGGCUCUCUCUGCUGAACUUCCAUCCUUUGCUCCAGGUGUGGGUACCCCUCAUUCUGCCUUUUCCACGGACUCUGCAGCUAAGGAUUCACAGUCCCUGCCGGAUCUCCGGGCGAAGACUCCCAGGUUUUGGGAUGCUGCUUCAGUGAGCACUUGGAAGGGGGAACCUCUUUUUGGUAUCUUCUAGGAACCACUGCCCUUUGGAGAGCAGGAGGAGGGAGACGGGGAGUGGAGCGAAAGCUUCCGUCUACCAUGGGAUGGAUGCCCUUUGCGAACCCAGUUACUGCUCGCUGGCGGCCAGCAUGAAAGAAGCCCGGCCGGGAGAGCUGCUGGAUUUCUCCCCGAGCCUUUUGGAGGACAAGCGAUGGGGCAACUUCAGCAACGAGUCCCUGCAGGAGCUGUCCAUGAGCUUCGCCGACCUGGACCUAACGGGUGGUCUCCAAGGCUCCAGCUGGAUCAUCGUCCGCAUCUUCAUCUCCAUCAUCUACUCCGUGGUCUGCGCCCUCGGUCUGGUGGGCAACCUUCUGGUGCUGUACCUGAUGAAGAGCAAACAGGGCUGGAAGAAGUCCUCCAUCAACCUCUUCGUGACCUGCUUGGCGGUGACGGACUUCCAGUUCGUGCUGACCCUGCCCUUCUGGGCUGUGGAGAACGCGCUGGAUUUCACCUGGCUCUUCGGCAAGGCCAUGUGCAAGAUCCUCUCCUACAUGACGGCGAUGAACAUGUACGCCAGCGUGUUCUUCCUCACGGCCAUGAGCGUCGCCCGAUACCACUCGGUGGCCUCUGCCCUGAAGGCCAAAAGGGUGGGCCGGUUUUGGGGGAGCUGCUGGUCGGCCAAGUGGCUCUGCUUGCUCAUCUGGGCCUCGGCCAUCCUGGCUUCCCUCCCCAACGCCAUCUUCUCAACCACCUCCACUAUCUUGAACGAGGAACUCUGCCUGGUCAAGAUCCCCGACAGCCAAGGGAAUAACAACCAGUUUUGGCUAGGGGUGUACCAUUCUCAGAAGGUGCUGCUGGGCUUCGUGGUCCCGCUGGGCAUCAUCACCCUCAGCUACUUGUUGCUCGUCCGCUUCAUCAGCGACAGGCACGUGGGCGCCAGCUCCUGUGGCCCCAGCACCAAGCGCCGCUCCAAAGUGACCAAAUCGGUGACCAUCGUGGUGUUGUCCUUCUUCCUCUGCUGGCUGCCCAACCAGGCGCUCACCACGUGGGGCAUCCUCAUCAAACUCAACGUUGUGCACUUCACCCACGCUUACUUCCUCUCGCAGGCGUACCUCUUCCCCAUCACGGUGUGCCUGGCGCACUGCAACAGCUGCCUCAACCCCAUCUUCUACUGCCUCAUGCGCAAGGAGUUCCGCAAGGCCCUCAAGAAGCUCCUCUGGAGGAUCACGUCGCCCUCGCUGACCAACAUGCGGCCCUUCACGGCAACCACCAAGCCGGAGCAGGAGGAGAAGGCUUCGCAUGCCCUGUUGCCCACUCGCUCUGACAACGAUUGCCCGGCAGCCAUUACCGCUCCUGCCAUGGCCGCCACCACGUCCAACGUUAUCUCGUAUCCCCCCGGGGUGGUGGUGUACAGUAGCCGAUGUGACAUUUUGCCCACGGGUGGCUCCACGGAGAUGAAUUGCUAGGCUUCAGGGGGUUAGGAAUGUUUGGCAUUUUUGAGGCUGUUCCUGUCCUCAGGGUGGGUAGCAUCUGUACACCAGGGGAAUUGCUUGAACAGCAGAAUCGGUAUGGAUCUGUGCCCCUUCGGUUGCUGCAUUGCUGGGGAAGAUGGGGAGAAGGAAAGGAAAAAUGCACACAAGAAUGGACCGUAACACAGGGACAAUAGCCAUAGCCAGACAUUUGAAAGAGAUUCCCUGAUACCCAUGCUUUCAAGGGAACUGAAAAGUGGAGAGAAGAGAGGUGUUCAUUCGGGACCUACCUGGACACUUGCUUAGGUUUUGGGAAAUGACCAGGAUUUCUGUUGCUGGCACUAUUAGUGGUGGGUGAAAGGGGAGGUUGGGGCUGUUUCUGAUGAUGUCCUUUUCUAUGCAGGAACCAUCCUCCAAUGGUCCGAUUCCAGAGGGAAAGGAAGUCCCAGGGAUUGUUCCUGGGUAAUUUAGGGUUACUCCUGGAAUAACCCUAAAAAUGUUGACGUGUGUCCUUCCUAAAGGCAAUAGGGAAGGUUCCAGGUGUGAGAGCAGAAAGCUAUGGAGCUGCUGUAUUCUGCCAGCUACCAAAAACAUCUGAAGGAAAAGAAAUCCAGACAGAGAGAGCUGCAUCCUCAUGCGUACUGAGCGUUUUCACUGAUAAUAUUCAAUUAGCAAAACCACAGGGGACAUCUGGUACCUUAAAGGGUCUGAGAUGUAGUGCACUGCAGAGUGUGUUAGGAAGGACGGGAGAUCAGAUGGUAGCACCCAGUUGGCUUGAGAAGAAUGUAAAGAAUCCAGGAGUUAGCAGAAUUGCCUCGGCAAGAACUUGGCUACAUCUGACCAAAGGUCUAUCUGGUCUAGCAUCCGAUUUUCAAAAACAGCCAGCCAGAUUCUUUUGAAACCAUACAAGAAAGGAAUGAAAUCAGCCCUUCAUUGUUCUUAGCCACCUCCGAAGCACAUGUUCUUCAAAGAUAUACUGCCUCUGAGGAUGGAGGUUCCAUUUGCUGUCAUAAGUAAUACAGCCAUGGAGCUGUCUAAUAUUGUGCAUGUUGGGCAGAGAAGUAGUUUGCACCAUUUAAAACAGAUAACCUUUUCCCCCAGGAGAAGACCUGGAAAAGGUUCUUUGUCCAUCGCAUUUUUUCUGUCCAUCUGUCAUUCUUAAUUAUGCAAAGUCCUCCUUUCUCGUUAAAAGGGUGAAGACUAACCAGGCUAAGCAUUUAAGCAAUAUAAAUGGCUGUUAAAAUCCACUUUCCUUUCGUCUACAGAUUGUUUUGGAAAAUUUCCAGCUCUUACAUUGCUGCUAUGUAAGAGUUGAUCACCGCCCCACCCUGAUUUAUAGGUAACAUGCCAUAUAUCCAUAGCUAAUCCAAAGGGGGCUGACCUUUCACCAAAAGGCUGAUUAUCUUCAUAUAUACUGCUAUUGAACAUGCUAUGCCUAUAAAGCGAUAUCAACAAAAUAGCCUCCUUGAUGUUCCAGGACUGGGCACAAAGAGAUGAUUGAAUCCUGAAGAUCUUGCAUUAGAUAUUCUGUUAAGUAUCAAGAGGGCGGGUCUUGUUCCUUUAUUAAACCAUCCUGCUUGAUUCACCAUAGAAUAUUAUUAUCACUUCAUCGGCCGGCAAAUAGCUGGAAAAAAAUUCAAUUAUUCUGUUGCCAGUUUUAAAAGUACUAAAACUCUUCAAAACUGA